AUGAACAUUUCGCUUCAACAGCAUGAACAACUCACGGAGUAUUACGAGAAGAAUCCGGUUCCAGAUAGGCAGCAGAGAGAGAGCAUAGCCAAAUCGUAUGGAAUGUCAAAUGUGGAAGUGGAGUCCUGGUUUUCUAAAUGCCGAGUCGUGGGGCCUGAAAAAUUGGGGCAGGAGAUUUUAUUGGAGAUGAUAAAACUGGAGGAAGAGAUGGAAUCCAAUGAGGGGUAUCCAAUGUUCACAGCUCACAAGCAUAAAACUCUCACAAAGUUCUACGAGACAAAUCCGACUCCAGAUUAUGAUCAGAGGGAGAUCAUACGGAAAUCGGUUGAGCUGACAAAUGUAGUAGUGGAUUUGUGGUUUUUCAUGUGCCGUAAUAUGGGUCCUGAUGCAGUGUGGCAGGAGUUUGAAAAAGAGGCGGAGAUUGAGAAGGAGAAGGAUCAAAAGGAGCAAGUGGAGACGAUGCUCCAGUCUAAGAAGAAGCUAGAAGAGCAAGUGGAGAAUGGAAAGAAAGAGAACGAGGAGUUGAGAAAGAUUAUUGCACGACAAGCAGCUGAGCUUACGGAAUCUAAGAAUGUCAUCGCGGACAAGAAUGCAGAGAUCCAAAAUCUGAUCAAAAAUAGCGUCAAGGAUCAAGUCAAUGCUCAGCAGGACCAAGCUGCCAACCUCACUACCAUGAACAAUAUUCAACAGUCAAUUCCUGCUAGACUGCUCAAUGUGGAGAAAGAGUUGGCACGAGUUUCCUUGCAGCAGAAGGCCUUUGAGGAGGCGGAGCUUAAAAAGGAGAAUGAAAGGUUAAAGGAACAGAAGAAGGAGUUGGAGGCUAUUUUGCAGUGUAAGAAGAAACUUGAGGUGCAGGUGGAAAAUAAAACGAAAGAGAACGAGGAGCUGAGCUUACUUCUGAAGGAAAAUAACAAUAAAAUAGUGGCAAUGACUCAAAGAAACGAAGAACAAGCUGCUGAGCUCAAAAAAUUUAAGAAUCUUCUAGCCGGGAUCCAAAAUCUCACUAGCCUUCAGCAUGGCGUCCAGGAUGCAGUCAACGCUCAGCAGGAGCAAAUCGCAAAGCUGCUUAACAUCUUCAAAGAAAACUGUUCUACAGGCCUGAGAUGCUGGUCUUUUGAAGAUAUUCAGGGGAGCAGUUCUCUCCACCCCCCGAUAAAGGUUCCAGAAGAUUCAGAUUAA